GAUCAGUGCCCAGCAGUGCCACCCACUAGUGCCCAGCAGUGCCACCCACUAGUGCCCAGCAGUGUCACCCAUCACUGCCCAGCAGUGCCCCCCAUCACUGCCACCCAUCAGUGCUGCCCAGCAGUUUCACCCAUCACUACUGCCCAGCAGUUGCGCCAGUCAGUGCCUCCAGUAAGUGCUGCCAGUCAGUGCCAACAGUCAUCACCACACAUCAGUGCCGCCUAUCAGUGCCCAUCAUUACUGCAUAUCAGUGAAGCAUCCUCAGUGCCUCCUCAUCAAUGCCCACCAGUGCCGCCUCAUCAGUGCUGCCUAUCAGUGCCCCUCAUCAGUGCCCAUCAGUGCUGCCUAUCAGUGGAGCCUCAUCAACGCACAUUAGUG